UUUUUACAAAGCAUGAUUCUCCAAUUUCCAACAUACUUAUUUUAGGAUCCAUCGUACCUGCAAAAAAAUUUGUAUAAACUGAAACUAUCCAUACAAAUAUGUCUUUAUUUGCUCUUUUGGCUGCGCUAUUUAGUACUUUUUAUUUAGAUCUAGUUUUUUUUUCCCCUGCUUAAGUUGGAACAAAAUUAGUUUGUAAGGUGGGGACCCUGAUGUUUAUCGGCCGUGUACGUGUACCAAUGACGAUAUACGACGUUUUAACCGGUUGUAACGGGAGAACAUAAAUUGCGUUAAGAAUUUAAAGCAAGCGUUUUGAACCCGAUUGUUUUAGUUGUAUCUAGGAUGAAGAAGGUCGCUGUUGUUACAGGCGGCAACAGGGGCAUAGGCUUCGGCAUCGUGAAGGGACUGUGCCAGAAGUACGAUGGGGCAGUGUACCUGACGGCGAGGGACGUGGGGCGUGGCCAAGCCGCUGUGGCAGAACUGCAGAAAUUGGGUUUGAAGCCUAACUUCCAUCAGCUGGAUGUGGAUGAUCAAACGAGCAUCGACAAGUUCAGGGAUUACCUGAAGGAGAAGUACGUUGGUCUGGAUGUUUUGGUCAACAACGUUGGUAUUGCUUACAAGCACGACGCGACGGAGCCCUUCGGCGAGCAGGCGGAGAACACGAUAAAGACGAACUACUUCUCGCUGCUGAACGUGUGCCACGCGCUGUUCCCGCUGCUGCGUCCGCACGCGCGCGUCGUGAACCUCUCCAGCUCGAUGGGACACCUGCUCAAGAUCCCGGGCGAGGAGUUGCGGGGGCGCCUGGCCGACCCCAACCUCACGGAGGAGACCCUCGGUGCGCUCAUGUUGGAGUUCGUGGAGGCUGCCAAGCGAGGGGAUCACACGAAGCUCGGGUGGGGCAACUCUGCCUAUGCCGUCUCGAAGGUGGGGGUGAGUGCCUUGAGCUUCAUUCAGCAGCGAGCGUUCGACAAGGACCCGCGCGAAGACCUGGUCGUGAACGCAGUGCAUCCUGGGUACGUCGACACGGAGAUGACCAGCCACAAGGGGCCGCUGACCAUAGAGCAAGGUGCUGAGGCCCCGGUGUACCUCGCCCUGCUGCCCCCCGGAGUGAAGUCCCCACGAGGAGAGUAUGUGUGGUGCAACAAAGAGAUAACAGACUGGGUCAAGGGGCCCACUCCCUCAGAGUACUGAGUUGGCUCUCUCUCUUGACUGUCUCCUCUGCUCUGAUUCAGUUUAGUAUGCGUUAAUUAUUAAUGUGCUUCACGACAAUGUGACACUUUAAAGCUUAUUCUCUGACGAAAUAAAAAUUUAAGUCACACAAGUUUGUAUCUUUAUGUUAUUUUCAAGACAUUACAAAAGUGUGAUGUUUAUUCUCUUCGCAUGACAGAUGACGUGUUAGUAGAGCAUUUAGUAAUUAAUACUAAACUGUGGAAUAAAUGAGUAUUAUUUUCAUUCCUUAUCAUUAGAGAUAAGAUUUUAGGGUUUUAUAUUUGGUUCCAUUUCAUUUAAUAAGUAUAAGAUUUAGCUGUAAUGAAUUUUAUGAGGAGUAUGUUGGCAGUUACAAGGGAGACAAAAUCAGGAUCGAGAUUGUGCAAGCUAGACCAGUAAAAGACUUGAAUGAUAUCUUGGAAAAAGCAAGAAUGAGAUGGCAUGGACAUGUGCAGAGAAUGAGAAAAGAGAGGCUGCCUAGGAAAAUGAUGGAAUUGAAGCACACAGGAAAAAGACUCCAAGGAAGACCAAGGAGGAGAUGGAAAGAGCAGAUAGUUAAAGGAGUGCAGGAGAGAGAAGAUUGGAAUAAAGUGAAGGAUGAAGAAUGUUGGAGGAACAGCGGAAGAUACAGGCAUUUUACUUUGCUGAUGCUGCCACAGGCUGGAAGCAGUUGAUGAUGAUGGUGGUGGUUUAUUUUUAAGAUUAUGUUUAUUCACUAAGGUGGGACAAUAGUCGACAUACAAGAUGAUAAAAAGUUUUAUUUUUUUAUAUAUAUAAAUUAAUACAAUGUUUUAUUGUGAAACAAGUUGUAAUUUUUCUAAUAAAGAAUUUAAAGUUU